UCCUAGAGCCCUGCCUGCGCAAAUAAGCUGAUUAGCCGGGGGAGAUGGCCGGAGAGACAGAUGAUGAGAUCCCUGAAUCCGGAGCGGUCUUCACUUUUGGAAAGAGUAAAUUCGCAGAUAAUGCCCCUAGUAAAUUCUGGUUCAAAAAUGAUGUACCUUUGAGAAUUUCCUGUGGAGAUGAGCACACAGCACUGGUGACAGAAAAUGGGAAGCUGUUUAUGUUUGGCAGCAAUAACUGGGGACAGCUGGGCCUCGGAACAAAGACCACUGUGAAUAAACCCACUUGUGUGAAAGCCCUAAAAUCAGAGAGGGUGAAGCUUGCAGCCUGUGGAAGAACUCACACACUUGUUUAUACAUCCCGUGGUAAACUGUAUGCCUCUGGAGGGAAUAAUGAAGGACAGCUCGGCCUCGGUGACUGUGAUGACAGAACUUCCUUCCACCUGGUGGACUUCUUCAGCAAACAUGAACCAGUCAAAAUGCUCGCUGCUGGUUCCAAUACCUCUGCUGCCCUGACGCAGGAUGGCAGGCUCUAUAUGUGGGGCGAUAACUCAGAGGGACAGAUUGGAUUGGGGAAAGAGAGUAAUGCACUGACUCCUCGGGAGGUUUCUGUGGGGAAACGAGUGUCCUGGGUGUCCUGUGGAUAUUAUCAUUCUGCCUUUGUUACUGUGGAUGGGGCCUUGUACACAUUUGGAGAGAAAGACAGUGGGAAGCUGGGCUUGUCCACAGAGAAGCUGGCCAGUCAUAAACUGCCUCAACAGGUGACCAGCAUCUCUGAUAAGGUGGUACAGGUAUCCUGUGGAGGAGGGCACACCGUGGUGCUUACAGAGCACGAGGUGUAUUCGUUUGGCCUGGGUCAGUUUGGACAGCUUGGCCACGGCACUUUCAUAUUUGAGUCACGUUUACCCAGAGUGGUUGAGCAUUUCAGGAGGGGCAGAGUUAAGCAUGUUGAGUGUGGAGAGAACCAUACAGCGCUGAUUACUGACAGUGGCCUUUUGUACACCUUUGGUGAUGGUCGACAUGGAAAGCUGGGGCUGGGAGAAGAGAACUUCACCAACCAGUUCAAACCAACCCUGUGUCCAAGAUUCCUAGAUCAUUAUGUACAUUCUGUUACUUGUGGUGGGUGUCACAUGCUUGUGUUAGCAAAACCUAGGCCCGAAGGGUCUAAGGAUUUGAUCUUAGAGGAGGAUGAUGUCACAGAAGACUACUUUGAGAAGUCCUAUACUGAAUUACUGGGGGACACACACAGUCAGACCACCCUGAACAGGAGUCUCUCGGCUCGGGUCAGACGCAGAGAACGGGAGCGUUCACCAGAUCAAUUUGGACAGAUGUUUCGAACACUUCCAGCCCUGGGCGGAAAUCAGCUGAGUGCAUCUUUAUCUGUUCCCAGCCAGAUCCAUCACUCCCAUAGGAAACAACCAGGAAAGAUCCCUCACAACAGCCUCAAAAUUCCUGGAAGGAGAGAGAAGUCCCUCGAUGACAGAAGCAGUGUGAAGGAUAGCGAGAGUUUAAAAGACCUCGGAGAAACUACUGACUUAUUAAACCUGACCCACAUAAUGAAGAUGGACCCUAGCGAUAAGACCCUCACAUUGUCUCCUAUGGAGAAGAAGAAAGUUAAGAUUGUGAAAGAGCACGGUAAGGAGAAGGGGAAGCCAAGAGAUGACCCUGCCCUUUAUAGAAAGAGGGCAGAGCUUUUAGCUCGCAAAGCUCUUCCGACUGAGUUACUUAGAAGCUCAAGUGGUAGCUUGGUAGUCGGGGACAGUCUUGGGUCAGGGACCCCCCACAAGAGCCCUAAGAGACAUGGUCAGGAUAAGGAAAAUGUACUUAUUGCUUUGGAGGACAGAAGGCCUGCACAUCACCAAGCUGCUAGAAGUAAUAUCAGAAUGGGGACAGACAUAAGCAGAGCUGGAUCCAAAUCCUUCCAGCCCAAACACAAACAGCUGAUAAAGUCAAGGGAUAGAGUCACAGGGAAAGACGCUGGGAAUAAAGUACAGAUGCUUGAGAAGGAACAUUCAAAGGUAGAGGCUGAAAGCAAGAAGGUUGCUCACAAAUCAAAAGGAAGUACAAAACCAAACCAAGAAGGUAAAACAAAACCCAAAGAUAGUCCAUUGGAAGUCAGUAGCCAGUCUCAAAAGGUUGUGGGGAAAGAAAAAGAAGUAAAAAUUAAACCCAUAAUUGUUGUUGAGCAAUAUCUUGAACAGACCAUGCAUAAGGACCAAGAGCCAACAGGUAAGAAGAUCUCAAAAGAGAUUUUACCAAAAGCUCAGAGGCUGAAAGCUGAAAUUAAUGCUGCUAAGACAGAAAACAAAAGUUUUGUCCCACAGAGCAAAAGGUCAGAUUCAAAAAAAGACUCAAAAAGUAAAAAGACAACUCAAGAGAUCUCCACUACUUCACUUUCCUCUUGCCAAGAAGACAUUUCUACAAAAAAGACUAAGAAAUCAAAAGCAGAACAAAGCCAAUUGCUAGUAGAGGACGCAAAAAAGGGCCCUACCAUUGUCUCAGAAGCUGCCUUCAAAUCAGAAUCGGUGUCAGAAUCUGAGCAAAUGAAGGAAAAUCCUCUCACCAAGGUGACAUCUUUUCUCCAAGAUGUGGGAAUGGAAAGUCCUGCUCGUUUACUUGGAGAAACAGCAGUCAGUCAGUUCCUUUCCCAGUCCACACUCCAAAAGAUGCCAAAACCUCCUUCAAAACAGAGAACUCUAUCUGAUGUUUCGUCCCUGAGUGAAUCUUUUGAGGUUUCAGGACAAGAGAAGACAAGAGAGGCCAAGAGGACAGCCGUCACCAUCAACGUUAAGGCAGAACCAGAAACUUCAGAUGGGAACUUGGAAUGUACCAGCUCUGAGUCCAAAACCGAUGUUCAUUCUGUGGUGGGAACAUAUAGAAGAAGUGAGGAGGAAGGAGGAGAGGAAUCAGAUGAGGAGGAAGAGGGGGAAAGCGAGGGAUUGGUGAACAGGAGGGAUGAGCGUGAGGAAGUGGAUGACCAAGAAGAGGAAAGUGAAAGCAAGACCCUAGCAAAUGAUAAUGAGGUUGAUGAUGAUACAACGAUUAAAGCUUCUAGUGAGGAUGAGGAAAGUGAGGAAGAGGAGGAGAAAAGUAAAAGUGAAGCAACUGAGGAUGUAGCGAGUGAGGCGGAGGAAGCGGAAAGUCAUGGAAUAGAAGAUGAGGAAGAAGAAACAAGUGAGAUAAGUAGAAAAAGUGAGGAAGAGAGUGGAGAAGAUGAGGAUGAAAGCAAAACAAGUGAAGAGGAGGCGAGUGGAGAAGAUAAGGAUGAAAGUAAAACAAGUGAAGAGGAGGAGAGUGGAGAAGAUGAGGAUGAAAGUAAAACAAUUGAAGAGGAGGAGAGUGGAGAAGAUGAGGAUGAAAGUAAAACAAGUGAAGAGGAGGAGAGUGGAGAAGAAUCAGAGGGAAAGAUAGAGAGCAGAAGUGACAGAUCAGAGGAAGAGUCAGAUGAAGAAGAAGAGGAUGAGGAGUCAGAGGAGAAAGAUAGUGAGCAUGAGGAAGAAAGUGAAGUGGAAGGUGACACUGAGGCAGAGGAGGAUGAAGACGGUGAAGAGACUAGCAAAGAAGAGGAGGAAGAUUCAGAAAAGCAGGAGAGUGAGACUGAAGAUGAUGAAGAAGAAGAGGAGAGUGAAAGUGAAGCAGAGAAGGAGGAAAGUGAGGAAGAUAAAGAGGAGAAUGGGGAAAGUGAGGAAGAUGAAGAAGAGAAUGAGGAAAGUGAGGAAGAUGAGGAGAAUGAGGAAAGUGAGGAAGAUAAAGAAGAGAAUGAGGAAAGUGAGGAAGAUAAAGAGGAGAGCGAGGGAGAUAAAGAGGAUGAGGAGGAAUGGGAAAGUGGCGAAGAUGAAGCAAUGAGUGAGAAUGAUGAAGAAGAAGAAGAAGAGAAUGAAAACGAACAGGACAGUAAAGACAAAGAGGAAGAAGAUAAAGAGGCAGAGGAAGAGUCUGAAGAAAGAGAAGAGACAGAAGAAGCAGAGGAUGAGGAGGGAGAAGAGGAAGACAAUCAAAAAGAAGAGGGCAAAGAGGAGGAAGAGGAACAAGAAGAGGAGGAGGAGGAGGAGGAAAAAAAGGCCAAAAGAAAACUUGAAAAAGCCUCUGAAUCCACCAAACCAAAGUCAAGUGUGAAAACAUCAAAACAGCCAUCAAAAGCCAAACGGGCUCGAGCACAAGACGAUCAGUCAGAUGAUGAGUCCCAUGAGCCUAAGCAGUUUUGGGAUGAUGUUCUACCUCAGUACCUCAAUCUAAAAUAAAUCAGCAACCUCAAGCUCUCUCUGCUCUUCCCUGAGAUUAUAAGCUUGCCAUUUCAUACUUGCCUUUUAUGUUCUUUCUUGCUUUUUCCUUUUUUGAUGUUUAUUUUACAUUUCUUUUUGUUAUUUCACCAUUAUUAUUCUUGCAAUUUCACUCAUGGCAAUCUUACCUAAUGUACUGAUUCACAUUUUUUAUUUUAUUUAUUUUACAAAAUUAUGUUUUAAUAAGUACUUGUACACCCACGCAGUAGUGAAGACCUCAUCAUGUGCCUUGGACAGCCAUGUUCGUUUACUAACAAAUGUGCUUGAUUUGCCAGUGACCUUGAAUCAACCCUAUCAAUGACUUUAAAUUCUUAAAAAUGCAAAAUUAUUACCAAUUUAGUAUUUUUAAGAAUUUAAAGAUGCCUUUAAGUCAGAUGCCUAACCACAUUAAAAUGUCAAAUAAAAUGGCAGCUCAUAAUCUUUAUGACUGGAAGAAAAUAAUUGGAAAAAUACAGGUAAAUUGAGCCCAAAGUUAGUCAUUAAAUAUCAUUUAGUUAAAAUGUUGCUCUUGUGCUUGUUCUGUGAACU